CUCUACUCUUUCCCGUCCAGCCCUCCCCCGGCGUUUUGCUUUUCCCACUCUCGUCUGACGUGCAUACUUGCCACUAAUACAUAUGUACCUGCUACGGGCCCGUCUGUUUGACAUUUCUACUUUUUUUUUUCUUCUUCUUCUUUUCUUAUUCCGGCGAGAAACCACGCGCGGGCGUUGUGAACGGUGAACGAGUCAAGGGGCUACCCUUCCAAGUGGGGGUUGCGGGCAUUUGGCUGACUUUUAUGACCUCUGGACACAUGUACAGUGGCUGUUUUUUUCCUCUUCUAUUUGUUCUUGUGUUGCGUCCAUGGUACGAUGUGUGUGUGUGCACCUUUGUAUUACAGGUGGAACAUGGACUUGUUGAGGAGUGUUUGGUGCUGGCAGGCUGGAUGUGUAUGUCGCUUGGUACUUUGUGGGGUUGCCAAGGGAGGGGUAGU